ACAUACUCUAUCUCUACAUCUUCUUACGCACACAAACACGAAGAACGAUGGCAGGGAUUCAACACGAACCGCGAGUUAUCGGAGGAAGCCAUCGUAUCUCAGCUGUUGAACCGAGUAGAAUUGCAUCUCCAGAUAUCAAAAGAGAAGACGAUAAUCAUCACGAGAUGAACCCUAAACAGAAGCCCGGAUGGAGAGCUUUCCUCUCAUUUGUUGGUCCCGGUUUCCUCGUUUCAUUGGCUUAUCUUGAUCCCGGCAAUUUGGAAACUGAUUUACAAGCAGGAGCAAACCAUAGAUACGAGCUACUUUGGGUGAUCUUAAUCGGGUUAAUAUUUGCGUUGGUGAUUCAAUCUCUCGCAGCAAAUUUAGGUGUAAGCACCGGAAAGCAUCUAUCAGAGUUAUGCAAGGCCGAAUACCCAAUUUUCGUGAAGUACUGUUUGUGGCUGCUAGCUGAGGUUGCGGUCAUUGCAGCGGAUAUUCCCGAAGUGAUUGGGACAGCUUUUGCACUGAAUAUCUUGUUCAAUAUUCCAGUUUGGGUUGGAGUUCUUCUCACUGGAUUCAGCACCCUCCUUCUUCUUGGUCUCCAAAGAUAUGGUGUGAGGAAGCUAGAGAUCUUAAUAGCUCUUCUAGUUUUCGUGAUGGCGGGUUGUUUCUUUGGAGAAAUGAGUUACGUGAAGCCACCGGCUGCCGAUGUGCUGAAGGGAAUGUUCAUCCCAAAACUCGGUGGCCGAGGUGCUACGGGUGACGCCAUUGCAUUGCUUGGUGCGCUUGUUAUGCCGCAUAAUCUUUUUCUUCAUUCCGCUCUCGUUCUCUCCCGGAAGAUACCAAAUUCGGUUCGUGGCAUCAAUGAUGCAUGCAGAUACUUCCUGAUAGAGAGUGGUAUUGCUCUCUUUGUGGCAUUCUUGAUCAACGUUUCAAUCAUCGCCGUUUCGGGUACAGUUUGCUCGGCUGAAAAUUUACCAAGUGCGGACUUUGAGCGAUGCAGUGAUCUUUCCCUUGACUCGGCUUCGUUUCUCCUUAAAAAUGUUUUGGGGAAGUCGAGCUCCACUCUUUACGCAAUUGCACUGCUAGCUUCUGGCCAGAGUUCAACCAUCACCGGCACUUACGCAGGACAAUUUAUUAUGCAGGGUUUUUUGGAUUUAAAGAUGAGGAAAUGGCUCAGGAACUUGAUAACAAGAUGCAUUGCCAUCACCCCGAGUCUAAUAGUAUCGAUAAUUGGUGGGUCGUCUGGUGCGGGACGACUAAUCAUCAUUGCAUCGAUGAUAUUGUCGUUUGAACUUCCUUUUGCCCUCAUUCCACUGCUCAAAUUCAGCAGCACAGCUACCAAAAUGGGUCCUCACAAAAACUCCAUGAUUAUCAUCGUCUUCUCCUGGGUGCUAGGGCUCGGGAUAAUCGGCAUCAACAUUUACUACUUGACCACUUCGUUCGUAGAUUGGCUAAUUCACAGCAGUUUGCCUAAAGUUGCUAAUGUGUUCAUUGGGAUUAUCGUCUUUCCCAUCAUGGCGGUCUACAUUCUAUCCGUGCUCUACCUUAUGUUCCGCAAAGAUGUUGUCGUUACGUUCGUCGAGCCAACAAAACGUGACCCUAAUGCUCAAGUUAGCAUGGAAAACGGAGAAAAUAACACCGACAAAGCGCAGGAGUUGACGAAUGUUCCGUAUAGAGAGGAUCUUGCUGAUAUCCCUUUUCCAGAAUAGGAUCUUAUUUGAAUUCUAAGGUUCA